GUCGUUUUUCAUUCCGUUUUAGUGGCCACUCUUCGCAACCAGAUAAGAACUCGAAGAUUUUCUUUUUCUUUAUCAAAAUGCAAUCUUUAUCUCUGCAAUCGCUUCCAUGGAAACCAAAUUCAGUGACUUUACCUGAAAUUAAUCUUUUGAAUCCCAAGCAAUUGACUGCCUCGAGUUCUCAGUAUCGUAGAACUCGAAACUGGAGAAUUAGAAGUUCGUCGGAAGAUAAUGUAGCAAUUUCGAGUGACGGCGGAGAUUUGAAGAAUUCUCUGUCCGGUAUUGUGGGAAAUCAAGUGGAGGAGCUAUUGAGCAGAGAAGAGAACAAAGGUUUGCUUGAUGGUCUGGAAAAAGCUUCGUUGAGAGUGGAGAUUGCGAAGAGAGAGCUCGAAGAUAUAGAGAGACAAGAAAUUGAGGCGAAAUUGCUACAGGAUUAUAUUAAUCAGCUCGAAUCAAGAGCCGCAGAGAUUGCAGAAUGCCAGCAGGAGAUUGACGCAGCAAGAUCAAUGGUUGAGGAAGCAGAACGCUCCUUGUCAUUAGCAGAUAACUCGACAAUUGGAAGUUCGGAGAAAGGUUAUUCGAUUGAUAAAGACAAGGAGAGGUUAGAAUCUGCAAAAGCGGCAGUGAUCGCAGCUGCGGUUGGGACCAUUGCGGAACUCCCAUUUGCUCUUUCUCAAGUCGCAAGCAUGGAGCAGCUUGUUCUGCCCCUGGGAAUAGCGUUUGCAAGCUGUGCAUUGUUUGGAGUCACAUUCAGGUAUGCAGUCAGAAGAGACUUGGAUGAUAAUCAUCUCAAAUCCGGAGCCGUUGCAGCUUUUGGGUUUGUUAAAGGACUUGGUAUGUUGAGCAGAGGACCGCCAUUGGAGCUGAGCUGGGAAAGCUUGUUUUCACAUGGGAUAGACGGCGCCGUUUUGGUGUCUCAGAGCGUCUUGAUAUUUGCGUUUGCGUCCAUAGGUUUGGACUUCUGUUUCAAGAUGAAGCUCUUAAGACCAUUUCCUAGCUCUGACUAGAUUGAAGAGCAAAUUAAAAAUGUAGAAAUGAACAAAAUCUUCUUUUGAAGACUUUAUUUGUUUUUUUUUAUAUUAUUAAUUUUGGUCUAAAAUGUAAAUGUUUCAUCCUAGAUUUUUAUGAUCUUUAACUUGUCACAAAAAAAGUUACACCUGAUUUUAAAAGCAUGAUCAUAAGGAAUAUUGAAUUUAG